AUGAAAUCACGGCUCAUAGCAGCAGCCAAAAUCACCACCAGUCACCCUACAAAUCCUUUAAUCAAUCAAAACAUUAAUCCCCUCCGCCUCUGCCGCUUUCACAGCAGCCUCUCUCGCUGCAACCGCCUUCGCAAGCCGCGUAUAAUUCGAAAACUUCUCCACGGCAACCCCACUAGGCUUUCCCCACCUGUAGAAAACAACUUCUUAUCAAUAGCCGUAAAGCACUCAUUAAUCGUUGCUACCGCUUUCCUCCUCACAUCAUCAUGCAAAGCGUCCGUAGUGACGAACCGUCCCGGACGGAACAAUCCCCCGAAAGCUUGCCCGUGGACUUUCCCGCUGAGAAAGUUAAACCAUUCGUACGCGCGCACGAUUUCGAGAUUGGUGCGGCCUAGGAGGUGUUUCUCCGGCACGAGUUGAGAAAUCGCGGUCAAGAUGGCGGGGACUUCGGUGAUGGUUUCGUCGUCCAAGAUGAGAAUAGGUACUGCGCCUUUGGGGUUCAAAUGCAGUUUAUCGGCCGGGAAGCCCUCGCGUACGGAGAGCGCGGUGGUGGUGAAGGGAAUGUUGGCGUCGUAGAGGGCAAUGUGGGCUGCGAAGGAGCAGGCGCCGUUGCCUAGGUAGAGAUGGAUUUUGGGGGCCAUAAUGAGUAGUAGAAAAUUGCUUAGUUCUGAAUGAUUUAGUUGUGUUUCUGGUUUAGUUUUAGGCGUAAGACGCGAUCCUUUGCGAUUGAUAUAUAGGUGUGAUUAGUAUUCAAUUGCUAUAUGAUUGUAUAACCAAGCUGACUCGAGCUGACUCGCGUGUUGCCUUCUCGAAGCAGCCUAAGCAGAACGCGGUAAGAUGUAGACGUGUCCACUUUUAUUUCAAUGCUAAUUAUCUUUCAGAAUCUCAUCCUUUUACCUCAAUAAGUUACUUUGUAGUCCUUUUUGGUUAGUAGGAAGGUAAGCGCUGUCGAAAUUAGUCAUUCCCGGAAUUUUUCCGAUUCAUGGUGUACAAACCGUCUUGAAUAAGGACAAUCUCACAAACCAUCAUCCUUGGAUUACUGAACAAAGGUCUAGAACUACCUGUCAUCUAAUACACAGACAUGAUCUGGGCCAAAUAAUCAUUUGUGACUGUUCUUGUGCUUAGAUGACAUUGAAGCUACCCUGGGAACGCAAUGUAUAUGAAAGCACGAAAUGUGGUGUUGACUAUGUGACACACGAGACUGAUAUACGCAAGCUCCUAGCAGAUCACCCAAUUUCUGGUCUAAUACUGAAUGGAGGAUAAAGUGAUUUGGACCACCUUGUACAGAUUCGUUUGACGAAUCUGUUUCUCACCGGGUUUCAAUUGACAACUUUUUGGGUGUAGGAAACACUGUAACUUCCAAAAAAAAAAAAAAAAAAAAUUCACCCGAUGGCCCAGAGAAAGAACAAGACAAGGAGGCAAGCAAGCCAACCCCCCAAAGAAAAAUACACAUGUGCAAUGCGAACCAAAGGUCCCCAACAAAGAAAGAAAGAAUCUCCCC